GUGUAUGGUUGGGGGGGGAGGGGGGGGGUAGUUCUUAUAGUUGGAUCCGGUUGCACUGGACGAAGAACGAGUGACUAACUGUAAGAUCUUAGUGCAGCUCAAACUCAUUUCAAACUCAUUUCUCUGGUGACUUUUCAUUGAUUGCUUGCCAUUUCUGUUGCCUCAGGCCUGAUUUUGUUGUUUUGUUCAUUUUUGGGACUUAUAACUUCAUGCAUCUUGCAUUCUCUGAUUGUUGUUUUCUUACGGAGUGAACGCUUUUUGAUGAAGUAGAAGGGAAUGAAUAAAUGAUUUUGUGAGAUCCGUUGAAGUGUUUCCAGCAGAGAAUCCUCCACAAUUUCUCCUUGUCAAGACCCUCAACACCAUGAGCUUGCCUCUGGUCAAUUCCUUGGCAAAGGUCUACGACCCAAAUCCCUUGCAGGGCCACAAACCUCCUCUUGCAAAGACAGCCAUGGAGUCUGAGAAGCCACAGGUGCAAAGUCAGAAUCUCAUUGAAACCUGGAUCAAGUGCCUCAGUGAAAAAAUGGACUGGCUUCUCAAGGUCCAGGAGAAGGUCCUUCACAGGCUGGAUGGCAUGUCCCAGAACAUUGGUGGCAUUGAGAAGGAGGUAGAGAUACUCAAGGUAGUCAAGGAAGAGGUCUGUCAGCAGGAGAAGACUGAGACUGAGAGUCCUUCUGAUGUAAAAGAGAUGUGUCAAGAAAUGACCAACAUCAUGUCCACUGUCAACCAGAGGACAGAGCAGCAAACCAGGAAGCUGGAAGGGGUGGAGAAGCUGGUUAUUGGCCUUCAGCAAGUGAUUGGCUUCCUAGGAGCUAAGACCUCCAAGCUCAGUGAAGUAAUCUGCAUUGGCAAGGCCUCUCCGACAUCAAGCGUUAAAGGGAAAAACACUGUAAAUACUAAGGUCAAACAUGCUGUCAGAAAACCCCAAUCAACCAACAAAAGGUCCAAUAAGCUGAAAGCCCAGAAAUCCAAGGAUGCUAAGGAGAAGUUCAGCCCAAGCCUCAACGGUCUGAAGACCCAGAAGAAGAAGAAGCCUCCGGAUGCAGGAGACACCAUAUCCCUGAAGAAAAAGGCGCUCUUGCUCGAAGAGAUCCAGAAGCUCAACCAGCAGAAUGCAGAGCGGUCUGCACGCCCAGCCACACCAGAGCUCCAAGAUGCAGAAGGAAGUGACUGCUUGCCCGGCCUUAUCCCAAGCAUCCCGCAGUCAACCGUGGACAGCAGUGAGGAGAGCAGUGCUUUGUCAUCGUCAGAGGAGGAGCAGGACAAGGAGGACAAGGCCACACAGCUGGAGGACAGCCUCAUAGUGAAUGAGGAAGGAGAGAACGAGGAGCACUUCACUGAGUCAGAACACGAGGAGGAAGUGGAGGACGAAGAGGAGGAUGCGGAAGAGGCUCUGGAGGAGGAUGAAGGGACAGAGUAUGAACUUCAGAGAGAAGAGACUGAGCUCACCGACGAACAUCUGCCUCUCCCAGUUGCCCUUCCUCUGGAGAGCCAUGAGGCCCCCGAGGCUGGCCCCAAGAGAAGGGUCACUGCGGGGCUCCUGGGCGAAGAGGAGGCCCACAAAAAGAGUCGCGUGGAAGAGACAAGCAGGGAUCCAGAACCCGUGGAAGACGAGGUGGAGGCAGAGGAGCAGAAGGAGGAUGAAGAGAACGAUGGCGAGGCCUUACUAGAGGAGUACAUCAUUGACUGCAGCCCCCCACCACCUGCCCCCUUCGAUCACCGGAUCGUGUCGGCCAAGCACAACCAAAUCUCCAACUUCUACACCGUAAACCGGGAGGAGAUCCUGGGAGGGGGUCGGUUUGGUCAGGUUCACAAAUGUGUUGAAAACUCAUCCGGUCUCACCUUGGCUGCCAAGAUCAUCAAGGCAAGAACUCAAAAAGAGAAGGAGGUGGUGAAGAAUGAGAUACAGGUCAUGAACCAGCUCAGCCACGCCAAUCUGAUCCAGCUCUACGCAGCUUAUGAGUCAAGAUAUGACAUCAUCUUAGUCAUGGAGUAUGUGGCUGGAGGUGAACUGUUUGACCGCAUCAUUGACGAGAACUACAAGCUCACAGAGCUGGACACGGUGCUCUUCAUCAGACAGAUCAGUGAGGGCUUGCAGUACAUGCACCAGAGGUACAUUCUGCACCUGGACCUGAAGCCUGAGAACAUCCUGUGUGUGAGCAGAGAAACCAACAAAAUAAAGAUCAUCGACUUCGGGCUGGCAAGGAGGUAUAAACCCAGGGAGAAGCUGCGGAUUAACUUUGGCACACCAGAGUUCCUGGCCCCAGAGGUGAUCAACUACGAGUUUGUGUCAUUCCCCACAGACACGUGGAGCCUGGGAGUCAUUACCUAUAUGCUGCUCAGCGGACUGUCGCCCUUCCUUGGAGAGGAUGACAAUGAGACACUGAACAACAUCCUCUCCUGCAAGUGGACCUUUGAGGAUGAGGAGUUUAUGGAUAUCUCUGACGAGGCCAAAGAUUUCAUCACCAGGCUCCUAGUCAAGAGCAAGAGCUGGAGGAUGAGUGCAGCAGAGGCCCUGAGGCACCCCUGGCUGUCAGACCGCAAGCUGCACUAUCACCUGCACAAAAAGAAAAACAAGUGCCAUUCAUCCCAUGCACCUCCUUCUGGGAACAGCUGAUCAGAGUAGGACUACAAAUCGCCGGCCCUGUAAUCACAUGGGCCCAGCCCCCUGGACCAACACCACUGUACCCAAACACACCUGCCUCUCCGCCAUGCACCAUCAUGGGCCCAUCUAGGCCAGCUGGUCUUUGGUGCAGUUCCACCACAGCAAAGGUGCUUAUCCCAGCUAAAUGGCAUUCGACGCAUCAUAAUUUACUGAUGAGUCCCCCUCCCUCGUUAUGAUGCAAAAACAGCUACAAACCACUCAAGUAUCUCAAAAAAUGUCACUGAUUUUUAAACAUGCAGGUCUAUAAGCAAAUAUUAUACUUAAACAGCUAGUCGCACAGCAAUGCUGUACCUGGUGAUUUGAGCACGUGUACCAUAUGGAGAUGUGUUUUCUUGAUCAGUGUUUAGCCCAGUUCAUUUGUUCAUUUAUUUAUUUGCAUUUAUUUAUUUAGCAGAUGAUUUUUGUCCAUAUCGGCCCAUGCUUUCGGUUUUGAGUCUUAUGUUUAAAGCGUAGGAAUGUAGUCCCGAAUUAGUUUUUUUUUUCAGAAAUAAUUAUCUGAUUUCCUCUGAAUUGCGCCUGCAACAAUGUCUGCCAUUACUUGUGAGCAGAAUACCCUUGAUUCUCUGGGUUUGAAUUAGUACAUCAGACUGGGGAAUUUAAAGUGUGUAAUCUGCCUAAAAAAAUAAUUACAUGUAUGUAUUAUUAUGUAAUUAAUUACAUUUUUGGUCAUUUCAAGAGUUGUGUGUAAUUUCUAAGUAGUACAUUGACAUUACUGAUUUUGACAUCAUUUCCUUUGGUUUUGAAUUCUUAGGUUAAUAAAUGGGUAUAAAAUUUUUUCUUUUAAUGGUCAAUGUAAAUAAAUUGCAUUACAUGUUUUUAGUGCUUAUUUCAACAAACGAGUGCAAUCCAAUUUGUUUUUAAGUAACAUGUGCAUAUCAUAGUAAACAUAAGUAAUUCUUUAAGAACACAGAGCUGUAUUGAUCUAACUGAAUGCUGUAUGUGUAAUUUAAAAUGAUUUUUUUUUAUUUUUUAACCUUUCAAUCUAUACCAUACACUAAAUGGGGUUUUUUUCUGUUUUAUACAUUUAAAAAAUGUAGUCUUACCAAACUUUGCCAUUGUGUCGCUUUUAUGAGCCCUGUUAGAAAUUUUAAUAUAAUUAACAAAUCAUCAGACAUUGUCAUUUGUUUAUAUCUGCGAUUUGAUUUCAAGACAUAUUUGGUAUUUCCCUUUAACUUCAUGAAAGAUGGAGUAAUAUUUUAUUUGGGAAACUUCGUUAACUUUGUCUUAAAAUGCUUAAAUAUUUUAAAGCUCAUAAAAAAUUAACCAGUUAAGACAGACAUAGUUUCUAGAAUACUUGAAGACUUUUUGAUUUCACCUUCACUAGCAUUGCAGAGGAAUUCAUUAUUAUCUUCGUCUUUGUGUUAGAUUUUCUCUCCCAUUGAAAUGCAAGGUUAACUUCUUACUUCAGGAGCGUGAUUUGUGUAAGUAAGGAGUCUCCCUAGAGGACAAUUCAUUCAUAGUGACACCCUGAUCACUGUCAGCACAAACCCAGUCCUUUGACUCCUGUCUCUCACUUACUGCUUCAGCACUGUUGAUGUUAUGUGCUGUCAGAUUGGAUGUGUUAAUAUUGUCUAAGAAUGGGCUGAACUGAGUGUCUGCCCCAGAAAUUGGCUUACGCAGUGCCAGUGAACCAUUUAGGCGAUAUUUGAGGGGGCACCGUCCUACAAGCUGAUUUCACUUUGUCUCAGAUAGGCAAUGCCAGCGGUGAUGCUUGCAUAGGGAGCCACAUGUGCUUUGACUGCUACUGGGUUUGUGAAGGAAGAUUUCCUAAAAUGUGAAUGUGUGAUAAUUGCAAAUUUGACACUUAGUAUUUCAUUGUAACUAUCUUCAGCUUUCGCUUGUAAAUGUUUGAUGACUUUCUCUGGGGCCAGUGAAACUUCUACUUCAAAAGGGAGGGACUCUGAAAUGUUGGGUGAGACUCACAUUGUGGGAUUAGGUUAUGACAUGGUCAUACCUUACAGGCUCCCUUUACAGGCCGAGCUGCCAAAUGUGACACUGAAGCUUCCUUGUUGAGCACAGGGAUCAUCCUGGGGUCUCCCCAUCUGACAAGAUGCAUGUUAUAAAUGUCAUUCUCAUGUCCUGCAACAUUGGCAACAUCACUGGAAAUGUUGUUGUGUUGCUGCUGCUGCUAAAUAAACAUGCACACAGACCACAGAAAAGCUAAAACACGAAUGACACCUGUGUGUGGCGGCCUGUCCCCGCGAAUGUGCCUUUGAAAGUAGUGCGUUUGAAUGCAGUUUUAAUAUCAAUGGUACCCUCCUCCUGUUAGCCUCUGUUGCUACUUAGGUCAAGAUUCAGGAUUGUAGUUUGACUUCCCAGCUUUUAAGGUUCUAUCGCUACGUGUUACUUUUUGCCCGUCGAAUCCCGUUUCUUGUUUCUCCGAUUCCAGACGGCAGAUUAUGUGUCCAAUUUUUGAAUUUGUUUCCUCACCUUCCACGAAGGCUUUACACUACCUAUUUACAUUAAUAUAGCGCAAUUCUGGUUUAAGGAAGUUUCCUGCUUUAUCAGUUUAGAAGUUGUGACCUGUUUGCCUAUGUUUGAUUUCUAGACUAAAUUCGAUAAAUCUGCAUCCGUGCUAUUUCUUUUUUCCUGUGCUUGUUUGAUUUCUUUCUUGUGUGGUUUGUCUCCUGGACGUUUGAGUUUAAAGGCUCAGUAAUUUGCAAAUGAUUUUAAAUUACGUUUAUAAUUUAUCUUUCAGUGUCUGCUUUCUUCUGAAAUUGCAUUUGUGGCCUGACAAAGCGAUACUUAAUAUUUUACAAUAAUAAAGGUAAUAUUAACAAAUAUAAUUCAUAAGGAACUAAA